UGGUGGCAGAGGAGUUUGGGUAGUCAUGGCUGGGAAAAGCUCCCGUCACAUCCGCCGCUCCUUCACCGCCGCCGCCGCCUCAGCCCUUAACCCUAGCCUCUGCAAGCGCCGCGCCCGGUCCUCCACCUUCGCCUGUCUCGCCAUUGCCCUCUCUCAGCUACGACCUCCUGGUGGAGCAGGCCGAGAAGGUGGAGCGCGCUGAAGCUGAUGGGAGCAAAGAAGACAUGAAGAAAGACAAGAAGAAAGGGAAGGAGAAGAAGGAAGAGAAAGAGGCUGGGUUGGGUCGGCAGAAGCAGACGUUUGAUACCAAUGCUGGUAAGGAGCAGGCCGAAAAGUCGGGCUUGACGGCGGUAAAUUCCUGUUCGGAGCGUGGCGACCGGGCAGAUGCAGAAAAAGUUAAGAAAUACAGGAAGAAAAAGGAGAAAAAGAAAGACAAAGCAGCUGAGACGACCGGGCAGAUGCAGGCAUUUGAUACGACUGUUGAAAAUUUAGGGUCGGAGGUGUAUGCAGAGAGAAUCAAGGUUAAAGGAAGACAGUCUAGUAGCAAGUCCAAGAAGAGAAAGCGCAAGCGUCAGGAUGGCGAGCUUGCUGCAAACAUUUCUGGUGCCGAUCAAAUUGUGGCAAUGGCAAGAGAAGCUAAUAAACGAAAGAAGGAGAAUUCUGUUGUGCUGAAAGAGAGCAGCCAGAUCGACAAUACUAAAAAAGGUACCAGUAAGAUAGGAAAUGGAAGUGAUAAAGAAGCUAACGCAGAUGGUAAGGGUGAUAAGAAGAAAAAGAAGAGAAAGGAAGGGAUUGAAGGAGGGAAAAGGGAGAAAGAAAAGGCAGCUCGAUCAAAGAACAAGGGUAGGCGGGUGACGUUUGCAGAUUCAGUGGUGGUUUUUAGCAUCGAAGGUCGUGAUGAUGAAGAGGGUGGAAGCAGUGGUGGGUCUGAACUUGUACAUGGACAGCGGUUUACCCUAGAAGAAGAAGCCACCCUCAUGGAAGCGAUGAGGGAUUAUGCAGAGAUGAAGCAGCUGGGAGAGGAAGGCUUAGAGAUGAUUCGUCGCUGUAGAAAAUACCCAGAGCUGAAGGGUUGUUGGAGUGAUAUAGGGAAAUCGUUACCCCAUAGACCCCACGAGGCAAUUUACAAGCGGGCACGUAUAUUACUCACUAGAAGUGAUGAGCGUAAAUGGACACAGGAAGAAUAUCACAAGAUACGACAGUUUGUCGAAAAAAAUGGCACGGACUGGAAGACAUUGUCAGAGGAACUUGGUAAGAGUGAGAUCCAUGUUAAAGAUACUUGGAGAAGAAUAAAGCCUAAGAACUUGAAAAAGGGGAGAUGGACCCAGGAUGAGCACCAAAACUUGUUUGAUUUGGUGAAUCUUGACCUGCGUCUGAAAGCCCAUCAGGAGAAAAAUCCUGGGCAUCGUAAGCUAAGAGAUAACAUUUCCUGGGAGGCCAUCAGUGACAAAUUGACCAGCCGUAAUCACAAGAAUUGCUGCCUGAAGUGGUAUGUCACAUUAGCAUCUCCACUGGUUAAGCAAGGAGUAUGGGCGGAUAUUGAUGAUUAUCGACUGGUGGAAGCGCUUCAAAAGGUUGAUGCUGUUUGCAUUGAAGAUGUUGAUUGGGAGAGCCUUCUCGGUCACAGAUCAGGGGAGGUUUGUCGUCAAAGAUGGAACCAGAUGGUCCGUGGCAUUGGUAGCCACAGACAGAAGACUUUCAUCGAACAAGUGGAAGUGCUGUCGAAGCGUUACUGCCCAGAAAUGAUUGACUACAGGGAAUCAGAAAAUUAGGAGUUGUCACCCAGCAAGCUUUUGUAUGUCUUAAUAGAGGAACGGCAUGUUCGUUGUUGCAUUUCGCCUGUCGUCAUGUGUUGUAGCCUGUAAUAUGUCUGGCUUGUGGGAUUUGUGAGAUGCUGAAAUGUCCACAGUACUUGGUUUCUGCCAAAAAAUGGAAACUUCUUGCUGUUUUA